CCUCUCCCCACCCAGUGGAACCUUUUUGUUCCUCAAGUUGGUUAUAUCUAUCAGAAGAUUUUUUGACCCCAAGUAAUACGAAGAAUGUCAACUAUGGGAGAAUUUGAUGCAGACUUUUACCAGUCUAAUUAUACUAUUGAUAAUCAAGAACAAGGUUAUGAUGAUACUGCUGCUUAUAGAAAUACAUAUGGAUUCAGAGAACAGCAUUCAACAGAGCUGACCCAUCCUGCAGCUUUCAUUCCUCCAGAGAUGAGUGCAUCUUCAGGUUACACCAGACCAUUUUUUCAGCCAACAUAUAAUUCGGAUUAUUAUUCACAACCGGCUUAUGCAGACAGUUUUGAUGAAGAGCCACCUUUGCUAGAAGAACUUGGAAUAAAUUUUGAUCAUAUUUGGCAAAAAACGCUGACAGUGUUAAAUCCUCUGAAACCAGCAGAUGGCAGCAUAAUGAAUGAAACUGAUCUCACAGGCCCCAUGCUUUUCUGCAUCGCCCUGGGAGCAACCCUGCUUCUGGCGGGAAAAGUUCAGUUUGGCUACGUGUAUGGCAUGAGUGCAAUUGGGUGCCUUGGGAUUCAUGCUUUGCUGAACUUGAUGAGCAUUUCAGGAGUGUCAUAUGGAUGUGUGGCAAGCGUGCUGGGUUACUGUCUGCUCCCUAUGGUCAUCCUGUCCAGCUGUGCCAUAUUCUUCUCACUGCAGGGGACCACUGGGACCAUAGCAGCACUAAUCAUCAUUGGAUGGUGUAGUCUAUCUGCAUCCAAAAUCUUCAGUUCAGCACUGGCAAUGGAAGGACAGCAACUUCUAGUUGCCUACCCUUGUGCCUUACUUUAUGGACUUUUUGCCCUCUUGACUGUUUUCUAACAUAUUUGGAAUAGUUUUAUUGUAUGUUCUUUGUUUGCGUGCCUAGUUAUUUUAGAAAGGGAUUAACCUACUCUAAUGGUAUGAAUUUUCUUACCUCUUAAUAGAUAAUAGUAAAUUGAGAAACAGAACAACAUUUAAAGAUGAUAAAGAAGCUUCUCUGGCUUGAAAGAUAUUUUUACUUCUCUGUUUGUAAAAUGAGAUCUAAAAAUAAAAUGACUGUAAAAUAAAA